AUGCAAUAGAAUAAUAAGUAAAUUGAAACAAAUACUUUCAGGGACAUUUGGAUAGUUGCAAUCACUCAUUUUGUUUAACUUGCAUCAAAAAAUGGUCAAAUAUUGAAAACACGUGCCCUCUUUGUAAAUAGAAGUUUAAAUAAAUUGAAUAAAAAUGGAAAAGACCAUAAGAUAUCAAAGUAGAAAUGCAAAGAGAAUAAGUAAAACAUAUUAAUUAUCACUAGAAUUUUCGUGAAAGAUAAAACCCAAUCCCAAAAGGAAGAACAUUUUAAUGUCUUGCUUGAACUGUUGAUAGAAUUCAUUUUGGCUGAUAGUAUUUAUAACAUCUAUCUCAUAGUUAAUGAUUGA